AUGUCGACCGGGAAAGAAAAUCAAGCAACGGCCGUAAAACAAUUGCCGCCUUUCUUGAACGCGUCCUUUCUGCAGCGUAUUUUAGAGGAGAAUCUAAGUGAUAGUCCUAUCCGCAUCGAAACAUUCAAUGCCCAGCUUGCGACCCAACCCGGGGACAAUUAUAGCAGUGACGUUUUCACCAUCGUGGUCCAUUACAAUGGCUCCGAGGAGAUCCGACUCGUAGCGAAAAUCAUCGUCAACGAAGAAAUGUUGAAGAAUUUCGGCGAAAGUCUCGGCACAUUCGUCAAGGAGGUAAAUACAUUUCGACAGCUGCUGCCUGCCUUUAGUCGGAUUGUUUCGGGUUCAGGUGCAACGAAUUCGGUACAGUUCGGUGCCCGGUGUUUCUAUGCGACCCGAGACCCAGCGGAUACGAUCGUGUUCGAGGAUCUGAAGGCCCUUGGUUACCGCAUGCCGGAUCGUACCCGUGGCGGACUGGACCUGGCGCAUUGUGAGCUAAUCAUGCGCAAAAUUGGACUGUUCCAUGCUGCCUCGAUGGUGUACAUGGCGGGCGGAUCGUACGAUAGGCAAUUUUUUGCCGACCGAUACUCCUACGGAAUGGCCCGUCCGGGUGAUGAUGAAUCGAACAAUCCGGCCCUCACUAUGUUCUGUAAAGGGUUGGACAAGUUUUUGGAAGUGUCUAAAGAUUGGCCAGAGUUGGAGCGCACCAUUUGGUUGAAGCUGGAGGCACUGAAACCGGACUAUAAGCGACGCCUGCUGAAAUCACUCUCACCGGAAGGACCCCACGAGGAGGUAACCUAUCGUGUGCUGAAUCAUGGCGAUCUUUGGACUAAUAAUAUGAUGUUCCGGUACGAAAAUCCGGCGGACGAUGCGAGCGUACGGGAGGUGAUGUUUGUUGAUUUUCAACUGUGCAACUACGGUAGUGCCGGUCUCGAUCUGGUGUACUGUCUUCACAACUGUCCCCAGCAUGAAGUACGCGAAAACCGCACCAAACAUCUGCUGGAGAUCUAUCAUCGAUCGCUGUGCAAAGGUUUGUCUACGGGUGGUUACAAACAGUGCGUCCCAACGCUAGCCGACGUUCACCGGGAGUAUGAACGACACGAGUUCAUUGGACUCGUGAGCGGACUUUCGAUGCUACCGAUCAUCCUGAUGGAACGCACGGAAGGAGUGAAACUGUCGUUCGAGAACCUCAUUAAUGCGGAAGAUGCGGAAAAAAUCCGCGAGAUACAGUACCAAGGCAAACAGUAUCGUAAAUCGGUUAUUUCCAUCCUGGAACGUUUUAAUGCGAAGGGUCUACUGGAUUAG